AUGAAGAGUGAAGCUCCACUCAAGGAGCACAAGGUGACCCCGUAUCCCGCUGUGGAGCAUAAAUCGUUUUAUUCUGUUACCAAUGGACCCAUCGGGAAACAUUUGCAUAUCACAAAGAAAAGAAAGCGAUCCUCACCAUCACCCCCCAUGCAUUCCCCUCCGCGAAAGCCUUUGAAACUCGACGGUUUACCUGGGCAGGCUCAGCCCCAACCACCAGCACCAUCAGUUCCUCUGGGGUCUUUAUCCAAUAGUCUUUCACAACCAAACCCCGUUUCAUCGGCACCGCCAGCUCGACGUUCCCUGCUGGACUGGGACAGUUUUAUUAGCAUUCCUAAAAAGAAACGUCGUCUGACGUUGCAACCAAAGUCAAAUUCGUCACCUCCCUCAAAUUUAUCUCCUAGUUCCCGUACAGCAGAAUAUUGCUCAUAUUCUCCGUCGCAGGUGACCGCCGGUAACGAUACUGUUCGUAUCAGUUCUAAUGAUGCUAAACCACCAACGGAAAAUCUCACGCAUAUCGCUAAUUAUCUCCACUCAAAUCCAGUGAUGGGGCCCAAUCAGGCCACAAAGAAAUCGACCGUCAGAUCGUCUACAUCUUCUGAGACAGCUUCACCAUAUAGAAAACGUUUGACAGAAAUAUCAUGUAGUGGGGUUGAUCGGGAUUGGGGAAAGUUGUUCGAUGAGGUGAAUCAGCCAGAAAUCAAUUCCGUGGAUGAACAGACCACUUCGCGAGUUUCGCCUAGAGAGAGUGAAGAUAGUUCUUCAAUUAUUGUCCGACAGACACCUGUUCUGGAAGACUUUUCAGACCUGGAAGGCAGCAUUUGUUCCGAAGGAACGCGUCGAAAACCAUCAUUGACAUCCGCGAAUGCGAUUGAUUCACGGGUUCAUAAAGAAUCUACCACUUCGACCGGGGUUCCAGAAACUCCCUUGGUGACCUCACAACACCAAAAGAAAGAGCCACGCUCGUCAAAUGUGGUUGACAGAAACGAUACUCGUUCAAAAACUCGUCAUCUGUCUCCCAACUGUGCUAAAGAAAAUAUGAAUUCUAUCCUACUUUCUACAGAAGUUCCGAACUGUCUUUCGCAUCAAAAUGAUUCGACUUUCCCUGACUCAAAUACUGCAAACAAUCCACCACCCAAGCCGAUCACUGAAGGCAUUCCCAUCCUGGGUGUAACGUCGGAAGACUCGAUUCCUCUAUCGCAAAACAGUCCGAGAAGGAAAUCUAAGCGUGCUUGUGUCCAUGCUCGACGCCAGUCAAACAUAGACCGUGCGGCUUCGGUGGGUCAUGCAGCGGUGAAAACGGAUAAAUACAUGGAUUCAAGCCCCUUUGACACCGUGGCUUCACGGGAGGUCCAGUCAUCGAUACCAUCAGUAACUGCCGUUAGUUCCCUGAAUAAGGUGUCCGAGUUGUCAGACUGCAUUCUUGAUGGGGAAACGAACGUGACUGCGGGUACGGGAAGUUUGGUGCACCUGCUAAACCGACGCGCAUCUGAGCGUCGUACCGCAGCGAAUCUUGUUGUCUCCGAGUCAGAGAUCAGUGAUUCGGUAACCGUUAAGACAGUGGUACAGCACGAUUCGACGUUGGACAAUCCGAUCAAGGAUAUUGAGGCUAGUGUGAAAGAGAUGACCUCUGUGAAACACGACUCAGAGGCGUCCCCAGUUUCACAGUCUUCGACUCGCAAUGCUGAGGGUGAACGAGACGCGGUUGUGAAGAAUUCUGAAUCGCCCGUUCAAUCUGAAGCGGAACAUGUUUUUAGCAGGGAUAGAGUUGUUUCAGAAUCGGUGGUCGAUAAAUCGUUGAUUGAGAAGACGGUUGAUCGUGUGUUGGAGGAAUCGGUAACCGAUGUGGAUACUUCUGUUCGUGAUGCGGUUGCUGUGACCCCGUGUUCUGAGACUCCGCUGUGGACCGGUGCAGACGACGAGUCAUCGGAUAGCGUGAUUUUGAUUUCACGUGAAGCGCUUCGUCCUCGUAAAUCCACCAGUCCCAAUCCGUGUCCACAUUGUGCUUUAUCGUUUACCACUCCGGUUGGUUUGAAGCUUCAUUUAAGAUAUUGUAAACUGGUUCCUUCGUUGGGACUGGAUCAGAAGUCGUCCCCAGUUUCACAGUCUUCGACUCGCAAUGCUGAGGGUGAACGGGACGCGGUUGUGAAGAAUUCUGAAUCGCCCGUUCAAUCUGAAGCGGAACAUGUUUUUAGCAGGGAUAGAGUUGUUUCAGAAUCGGUGGUCGAUAAAUCGUUGAUUGAGAAGACGGUUGAUCGUGUGUUGGAGGAAUCGGUAACCGAUGUGGAUACUUCUGUUCGUGAUGCGGUUGCUGUGACCCCGUGUUCUGAGGUUUCUCUUCCGCCUGCGAAUGCCGUGUCUAAUGUGUCAAGUUCCAUUGUUCACGACGAAAAAGACGUGCUGGAGGGUGCUGAUAGCUUAUCACACCCGAUAAGGCGAAGAGCUUCCGAACGUUUUACCGCAAAAUAUCUUGUCUCCCAAUCGCGGGUCAGUGACUCGACCGACACGGAAGCAAAACGGGUGUUAAGGACUGAUUCAGUUUUGGAACAGACCAUUGAUUCGUCGACCAGUUUCAUAACCGGCUCACUUGAAUUGAUUCCUCAGCACUCAUCUCUUAGUCCUCGACAUUGCCCACGUUGUGCGACAGAGUUCUCUACGCCGGUUGAAUUAAAAGUCCACCUUCGUCACUGCAAACGGUCGCUAGCGAGGUGUGAAUCUGCAGUCCGUUCCGGAGAUGAUGCUGCUGCCUCUGAGUCGGAGGUCAGUGACUCAUUGACUGAUAAAACAGUGGAACAGGUACUGAGACUAGAUUCAGUGUCAGAGAAGACGGCUGAAGACCUAGAGACACUUGUUGAAGAGACGACUUCUAUGGAACGUGAUUCUGAGACUCCAGAACUGACGAAUAAUCCAAGUGCACUAACUUCUGAUCACCGACCACCGAAUUCUGUACGUUGUCCACAUUGUGCGGGGCAAUUCUCGACUCCGUUAGGAUUAAAAAUCCAUCUUUAUCACUGCAAACUUGUCCCGUCGUCAAGGCGUGUGAGCGAGCGUCGUCGCCACGUUCACUCAUCCUCAUCCCAAACGCAUGUGGUCAAUCCCAACGGAGUUUACCGAUUUCGCCCUCGCACUGUCUCAGAACCGCGAUCCGCUGUUUCACAGAAACUUCAGAUCGUACGAGAUGAAACAGUGUUAAGCACUGUUUCGAAUCAGUAUCCUCCGAAACGACCCCGUGGUCGACCUCGCACUCGCACACUACCCCUAUCUCAGCCGUCGAACUACGCUAGUUCCACCUCAUCGGCAUCUCCAUUGUCCAGACCUAGCCAAUCAAUCACGUCGGAAGUAUCGCGACCGUCACUCAGAUCGCGCAUCCGCUUGCCCACUCGCCUGAGGUCAUCGAAUCGCCGUUCAUCAUCGAUCGCUUCAUCUCGUCUAUCCGAGGACACCAUAAUCUCGUCCGUUCCACGCUCUUCUCGAAGCUGUCGCUCACGUGAUAGUCGAACCAGUUCGGUGGAUGACGCUCGUUCCAUGGUCUCAGACGCGACCACACUUCCCGCAGUGAGACCUGUUUCAACUAAACGUCCACAAUCAACCGAUUCUCGUGAAAACCCCCUGUUUUGUGCGUGGUGUUGUAAAUCCAAUUUCAUAACAGCUAAACAGUGGUCGGCUCAUCGGCUAAUUUGUGCCGCACGCCCGAAACCUGCCUGGUCUCAAACUAAACGAACUGCUCAUUUGAAAGGUUCUACGCCUUCUGCACCAGUAGGAUCGGAGUCGAAAAACAACCCGGGAAAAAUUUGUUUGUCUAUUCGAUUACAAACAUGCAAUGCGUGCGGUAAGAAGUUCCGAUCCCAGAACGCACUCAACGGCCAUAUGGUUGGCAAAUGCGGCGCAAAUGGUGGCAGUCGUCGUGGUCGUCCGGUGUCAUCAACUGGGACUAAGACUUCCACCAGUAAUGCACCCAUAACCGAUGAAGUGGUUUGUCCCGGUUGCCCCAAGUCUGCUCCUUCAUUCGAUUCCUUUGAGGCUUUCUUCAAACAUUUUCUUUCUUUGAAACCCGGAUAUCAUUCCUCUGCCGCCUCCCGAUUGCUUGGCUGGCCAACGCCACUAUCUGUUCCAAAUUUGGGUUUCGGAUGCUACAUUUGUGGUCUGUUGUUAGCCUCGGAAUCUCGCCUGGAUAAACAUAAACGUGAGGUUCACGAAAUUUGGUUACGGAAAGAGCAGGAGCAGGCGAUCAGUCCGAAAAAGAAUCCCCCCACGACUGAGUGA